AUGUGGCUCAAACCCGAAGAGGUGCUUCUCAAAAACGCACUGAAAUUAUGGGUGACGGAGAAAUCCAACGAUUACUUCGUGCUGCAGCGCAGACGCGGAUACGGAGAGGACAGCGGCGGAUUGACAGGGGUUAAUCUCAUCAGCGUCGGAACUUUGGACACAGUUCUUGACUCCACCGCCAAAGUCGCCCCGUUUCGCAUUUUACACCAGACGCCCGACUCUCAGGUGUACUGGAGCAUUGCCUGUGGAGCAUCUUUAGAGGAGAUCUCACAGCACUGGGACUGGCUGCAGCAGAACAUCAUCAGAACUCUCUCUGUGUUUGAUUCUGGCGAAGACAUCACUAGUUUUGUCCAGGGAAAGAUAAGGGGUCUGAUAGCAGAGGAGGGCACAUCAGCCGCUGACGAGGAGGAUCCCGAACGCUUCCGGGAGGCUGUGCUGCGCUUUGAACGUCUGUUCGGUUUGCCUCAGAGAGAGAAGCUUGUGACGUAUUUCUCUUGCAGCUACUGGAGAGGACGAGUGCCAAACCAGGGCUGGAUCUACCUCAGCACCAACUUCCUGUGUUUCUACUCCUAUAUGCUGGGAAAUGAGGUUAAAGUGUUUAGUGUGGAGCUGCCAGAUCGCGGUAGUCGUGCCCUGACUGUGUGUCUUCGUGGCAAGAGAGCUUUGCGUUUUUCUGAGGUUCGAGAUUUUGAGCGACUUGCUGCCACCAUUCGCAGAAAGUGUGGGACAGCAGGAAGCCCCCAGCACUACAUCAGUAAUCCGGAUGAGGAGGGUGUUAUGGUGGGGCAAAGUCAAGCCGUCAGCACUGAAGCUCUUAUGAACGUCUUUCAUCCGCAUGAUGCAGAAAACCUUGACCCCAAAAUGCUGAAGGAGAGAAUGAAGGAGCAGUCAUGGCAGAUCCAUUUUGCUGAAUAUGGCCGUGGAACUGGAAUGUUUUGCACCAAAAAAACACGGGAUCUCAUUGUACGAGGAGUUCCAGAGACCCUCAGAGGAGAACUGUGGAUGCUCUUCUCAGGUGCAGUACAUGACAUGACCUCUCACCCCGGAUACUAUGGACGGCUGUUGGAGGAGUGUAUGGGCAGCAGCUCGCUUGCGUGUGAUGAGAUUGAGAGAGAUCUGCAUCGCUCACUCCCAGAACACCCAGCAUUCCAGAGCGACACAGGAAUCUCGGCUCUUCGCCGCGUCUUGACUGCCUACGCUCAUCGCAACCCCAAAAUCGGCUACUGCCAGGCGAUGAAUAUCCUGACGUCUGUGUUGCUGCUGUAUGCUAAAGAAGAAGAAGCUUUCUGGCUGCUGGUCGCUGUGUGUGAACGAAUGCUCCCAGACUACUUCAACCGUAGAAUUAUUGGAGCCCUGGUGGACCAGGCUGUGUUCGAGGAACUGAUCCGUGAGCAUCUAACCCAGCUGACCGAACACAUGACGGACCUGUCAUUCUUCUCGUCAGUGUCGUUGUCAUGGUUCCUGACUCUCUUCAUCAGCGUACUGCCAAUAGAGAGCGCUGUGAAUGUUGUCGACUGCUUCUUUUAUGAUGGUAUCAAAGCCAUCCUGCAGCUUGGCCUUGCUGUCCUUGACUACAAUAUGGACAAUCUGCUUUGUUGCCAUGACGACGCAGAAGCUGUCACAGUCCUCAACAGGUUUUUUGACAGUGUCACAAAUAAAGACAGUCCCCUGCCAGCUACAGUACAGCAGGCAUCUGCAACAGCCAAUGACAAAUCAAUACAAAAGGUUGACAUCAGCGAUCUCAUCAAAGAGGCAUAUGAGAAAUAUGGAGACAUUCGAACAGAGGAAGUGGAAAACAUGCGGAAGAGGAACAAGCUGUAUGUCAUUCAAACACUAGAAGACACAACAAAACAAAAUGUACUGCGUGUUGUUGCUCAAGAUGUGAAAUUCAGUGCUGCUCAGCUGGAUGAGCUCUACAUGCUUUUUAAGAAGCAGCACUUUGUGAGCUGUUACUGGUCAGUAUGUAGUCCUGCCCUGCAGAACCAUGACCCCAGCCUGCCAUAUCUGGACCAGUAUCAGCUAGAUCAGUCCCAGUUUAGUAGCCUGUUUAACCUCCUGCAGCCGUGGACCACACACACGCAUGUGCGCUCACUGGCACGAUCAGCCUUCCGGCUUCUGGACGAGAAUGGAGACGGACUUGUGAACUUCAAAGAAUUCAUGUGCGGUCUGGAUAUCCUAUACAACAGAUCUUUCACAGAAAAACUAAAAUUUCUCUUCAAACUGCACCUUCAACCAGGGACCCAGGAGUGUAAGAUUUUACCGUCGUCUAGAUUUUUUCCUCCGGCUGAAGAUCACUCUUUCUCUACUCGUCUUUCUGGUCAGCUUCCACUGCUUUCUAUGGUGCAGUUUAUUGGUUUGACGAAGACUCUGUACGGUGUGUUCCAUGGCAACGAGGAGGAGGAGAGUCUGUACCGUGCUGUGGCGCGAGUGACCAGUCUUCUGCUGCGUAUGGAGGAGGUAGGGCGGAAGCUACAGGAGAGCAGCCCGCAGAAAACGCCCCAAAGUACACCCACCAGCACGGCUCAGCCAGAGACCUCCCCAACAUUACCCACCAGCUCUGAGACUGAAACCCUCGCCGAGGGUGAAGGCGACCAACCCGAGUCUCCGGCCAAUCAACAAGAAACUGCCCCAUCCCACUCUGACAUUACCCCGACCUCAACCUCGCGUCCUUCCACGCCCACCAGCAGUCCCACCGGAACCAGCAGCCCCGUGUUGGACACGCCAACAGACACCCCCAGCUCGCCCUCUGCAGUCAGAGACGGGGACUGGAGUUUCUCCUUCGAGCAGAUUCUUGCGUCUCUCCUGAAUGAACCGUCUGUCGUUCGCUUCUUCGAACGGGCCAUUGACACAGAUUCUGUGAUCGCACACGCACGCAAAAACCAGCUUAAAGAUGAACACUAACACACUAUAUCAGAGCAAUCACAGCAAAACACUGCCCUUAAAGCCAUAAACCCUCUCCCUUCCUCUUUCUCUUUUCUGUGCGACUUGUACAGGUCAGUGUUUGUGAAACGCUUACGUCCGUUACAGAUGAGGAAAUCGUUUUAUUUAUAUACAGACGCACAAGUACAAAUCAUAGGGACCCCCCAAAAAAUAAUUGAAGUAUAAAAUGAUUCAGAUUGCACAGUAUGAAGAAAAACAGGUAUUUUGAUGUAAUAUAAAAGAUUAGUGUUCGAUGUUGUCUGUGUAAUAUAAAUGAUUGGUGUGAGAUAUUGUGAUAUAAUGUAGAUGAAGGUAUUAUGAUGUAUUAUAGAUGAGGUAUUAUAUUAUAAAUAAUAGUAUAAAUGGCACGUGUGAUUUGGGAUGACGGCAUGAAAAGGCUUUGCCUGCUUUAUCCAUUAAGUAACCUCGAAACAGCUCACAUGCACUACGUCUGUCAUUCCCAGCCUGACAUGUAGGACCACAAAAGGAAGGAUGAUUGUAAGGGAAAUCAACUGCUAAUGGCUGAAAAAAUUAUAUUGUUUGAGAAUUCAUUCAAAAUAUCUUGUUCCAUAACACGUAUGUCGCCUUACAUUACGUACCUUGCUCGAAUGAGCUAUGAAAUUCUUUCGUUCUUUCUGUAGAGACUUGAUUAGGAAUGCCCAGAAUGGUUAUGCUAAUGAGGAGGCGGAGUUUAGUCCACAUCAUAUCACAUUCCACUGCACUGAAGGUCUGUAUUAUUCCAGAUUAUAGUCAUGUAAUUCUGAUUCACUGAAUGUGUUUGUGUCUACAAACCGAAAUCUGUGGUUUAUGCCUUAUUGGUUUUUGAUUCAGGACUUCAGUACGAUCACAAGUGCUUCCAUUUAAUUAAAACCUAUUUCAUCUUUAAACAUGUUUCGCAAUCGUUUUGGAGAUUAGUAUCAAAAUAUAUUUGAAUUUUGUCAUAAAACAAGAAGUAUAUUUUCUGUCAUUAUUUUACAGAUUAAAAAAAUAUCAUAGAGAACAUACUGAAAUGCUUUAGCAAGAAAAAUAUUUAGAACUGUUGUGCUGUAAAUGAUAUGCAAAAAGUGUAUAAGUAAUUUUUCUGUCAGUUCAUGUAGUCGAAGCUGUAAGAAACAUUAAGUGAUAAAUCGCCUAUCAUAAGAGUUGUUGUAUGAUGCUUAAAAUGGACACAUGGAUAUGCAGAAUCGUUCUUAAUUUUGAAUUUUGUGUAAAUGUUGCGAGCUUGUGGUGGUGAGUGCAAGAAAGGGAAGUUGGUGUUUUGUGGUUAUUCCGUUUGACGUGUCAGGUCUACACCAGCUAAACAAAGUUUUUCGUUCUGUGUGUAAUAAAGUAAUUAUGUUCUUCUGAAGCUAAAGGCACCUCAGAGUUGGAAGCCGUAGUGCGUAUUUUCCAUUCGAUUGGUUGGUCAUCUAAGGAAGAUGUUGUUUUGGUUUUGUAUUCUUGCACACUAACCACAAAGUCCAUAGAAAUACUUGCAGAAGGAGUUGCAUUGAAAGAUAAAUUAUUAGUAUUACAUCUCAAGAGUCGCCCUCGUACUGUUCUUGCUGAACAUUUGAUGUUCGCUUCAUGUACUUCAGGGUAAUAGUGUGGUCGGUUUGAUUUUUAGUU